GUAGCGAAAAUCAGAAGAGGAUGGCGUGUCUUCGAAAACUAAAAGAAGACAUUCAGGUUCUGGAAAAACUAUUUCCGAAAAAUCACAAUCGCUUUCAGAUACUGUCUGCCUCGGUUGAUGAGCUAUCGAUGAAAUUCAUUAAUGCUGAAAACAAGGGAAUUAUUGUGACAGCUAACAUUCAAGAGAAUUAUCCACGUCAACCGCCAAUCUGGUUUUCCGAAUCUGAUGACGUUCCAGUCAUCGGAAUGUCUCUUCAACGGCUCACCGAAACUGAAGAGUCGACGAACAUUUUGCACCAAGUUCAUCGAUUGGUAUCCGAUCUCUGCUCUUUCUACAACCUCCAAAUGCCAUGUGAAUUACCUCAAAUUGCUCCACCUGUCAGGGAUGAUAUCGAUGAAGGUCGUGGAAGUGAUAUUAGUGAUACCACAUCUGAGCCAAUCGACGACGACAUGGCUGGAGAUGGAGAAGUUGACGAUGAUGAUGAAGAGGAAGAAGACGAUGAAGAUGCGGACGGUGACAUCGAAAUAGUAGAGAUGGCUGAAGAAGAUCCAACAUCUCAACACGAUGUUGGAGUUUCGAAAGAAGGUCUCGAUAUGCUCGACAAAGUUUCAAAAAUUAAUAGACAGCAGCAUUUGGAUGGGAAAGUUCAAGGUUCAAUCACAGCUACAGAUCGUUUGAUGAAAGAGAUUCGCGAUAUUCACCGAAGUGAGCACUUUAAAAAUGGAAUUUAUACGUUUGAACUGGAAAAGGAAGAGAAUUUAUAUCAAUGGUGGAUCAAGUUGCACAAAGUUGAUGAGGAUUCACCAUUGUUCGAAGACAUGAAAAAGUUGAAGAAGGAUCAUAACCAGGAUCAUUUGUUGUUCAGCUUCACGUUCAAUGAGAAGUUCCCUUGUGAUCCACCGUUCGUCAGAGUUGUUGCUCCACAUAUCAAUCAAGGAUUCGUAUUGGGUGGCGGCGCAAUAUGCAUGGAACUUCUAACAAAACAAGGAUGGUCAUCAGCUUACUCUAUUGAGAGUUGCAUUCUUCAAAUUGCUGCUACCUUGGUAAAAGGCCGUGCUCGAAUUUCGUUUGACGCAAAGCACACAUCGACGUAUUCAAUGGCUCGUGCUCAGCAAUCAUUCAAGUCCCUCCAGCAAAUUCAUGCGAAAUCUGGAUGGUACACACCUCCAAAAACAGAAGGAUAACUCCCAAUUCAAAGAUCUUCAUGUCAUCCAGUACUUUUUUAUGUUCCACACCCUCCUCUCACUUUUUCGCUCUCCACUUGGUAUUUUUUCUUCACAGUGACGAUUUUUUUUUCAAUGGUUUUUUAAAAUCGGAAACGUUUACCUUUUUCAAACUUUCAUUCCGCGGGUACAUCUCUUCUCUCGUUUUAUAUUCAUUUUCUAGACAUUUACAUCAUCCAUUCUUCACCCGCUUCCUCAUCCCUCAACUACAACCACCCCCCAUCCCCUUCCAAUUAAUACCUCCAUUCUUAAAUAGAACUAAACAUGUGUAAAUCAUCUGAAAUUUCGAGUUUCACGCGAUGGAGUGUUCACAAACCCAACAUGUUCCAAGAAACGAACGCAUUCCCCUCAUUUCGUUUUUUUGUAUAGUUUUUAGCUUCCUUUCUCCUAUACCAAAAACUGUCCAGACGUCUGAACUAAGACCACUCGUAAUCUUUUUUUACAAUGUAAACCUCAUUUUUGGUCUUCCUCACGAUGUAUAUUUCCUGAAAAUGAAGUGUCUGUUCCUAUG